GUAAUUUAAAAUUUAUUUUAAAUUCAUUUAUUAAUUUUAUGUUAUACAGUGAAAUAAAGAGAUUUAUUAAAACAAUUUAAAGUAAUUGAAUUAUCUGUAACCUGCCCACUGCUACUGAUGUUAAAAUGAGUGUGAAAGGAUUUUUUAAAAGUGUAUUAAAUUCUGGAGAACAAGAAGAAGAAACUAGAACCACUGGGGCCACAUCAACAACAACUUCAUUGUCUGGUUCAGCUACAGCUGGAGUAAAUAAUUUCCUAUCUGGUACAUCAAAAUUUCUUGAUUCGGUUCAAACAAAAAAGAAUGGUUUAAUUAGUGAUUUGUCGAAUAAACUAACGUCAUUCAAAAUGCCUGGCGAACAGUCGACCAAUGAGAGUGAAAAGAAAAAGAAAUCUAAUAGUAAUGAUGAUGAUGAUAGUUCCGCCAGUGAAUAUGGAGAUGAUGGUGAUCGUCCAAUGUAUGCAGAAGUAGCUCCAGUAGAACGUCAAGUAUCAGUUGAAAGUAUAGACAGUUUGCCAGAUGAAGAUGCUGAACGACGUAAAUCGGAAAUUCGUGCCUUAGUCUCUAAUUUACUUCAACAAAGCUUGAUCGAAGAAAAGAUGGUGAAGAAUUUCAGAGAUUUCAUUGUGAGGCAUAGUGGUCGUUCAAGAUUUGCCAAGGAACUAAAAUUGCAAACAAAGGGCAUGAAAUGUAUAUCUAAUCAACUUCUGGAACAAUUGGCAUUAUUUAUUGGUCCAUUAUUAAAUCAAUGUAAUGAAAAUGAAGAUUAUGCUCCAGGUUAUAUCAUUAUGCAUUUAAGUUUUUCAUUAUACCAUGAAACUGUCUCUUCAAAUGGUACCGCUGAGCAAAUAUAUCUUUAUGUAUUAUUAAAAGAUCAAGUGAUUUGGCAGUCAAUGAGGUUCUGGAAUGCUGCCUUUUUCAUUGCUUUACAACGUGAACGGGCUGAGCGUCAAAGAUAUCCAGUCAUUGAAGGUGAUGAUCCAAUCCAAGCAGAAACUGAUUUUCAAAAUGACAUUGUAUAUUCACAAUUAAGCAAAUUUCUAUGGCGUAUGUAUACUUUAGGAAUGUCACAUGAAUUAUGUAUGGACUUUAUACGUAAACAAGCCAAUGCAACUAAUUUACCAAAUGAUCUAGUCAAAAUCAUUCAAAAAAAUUGUCAACACUUCUUUGAAACUACUAAUUCAAAUGAAGUGUCCCAAUGAAUGAUUAUCAGUUAAUGUUACAUAGAUACUUAUCUAUAAUGUUUCUUUCAUUUCAUCUAUCCAAACGAGCAACAGUUUAUAAAUUGCAUUUCAUAUUAUACACAAUUAUUGCAUAAUCACAGUAAUCACCCCCUUUUCUAUAUGAUUACAAUGGAGGUAAAUCUGUGUUUUCUUGUUUGUUUGUUUGUUUAUUGAUUUAUUUAUCUAUUUGUUCAACUAUAACUGUUUGUCAUGUCAUGUCAUCAGUCAUUAUUGAUUGUUUGUUUGUUUGUUUUUUUCAAUAAUUUAUCAAAGUUACAUUUUGUUUCCAAGGUUCUUUUAAGUUUGUAUUCGUCUAUUUUGUGGAUAAUACGUAUUUACUAAUUCGUCUGAUUAUUCUUGUAUCUUGCUUAUAUCUUACUUUUAACUCAUUCAUUUGUCAUUGUUAAUAGAUGAUAAUUAUUUACUACUG